CACAAUGCCUCGGAAGCACUUCUCACUUCCUGUCAUGGCGUCCGCGCAGGCGCGCUCGAGCCCACCGCGCCGUUCCGCGUAGAGCCAGCGGUAAAGGGAACGUAGAAAGGAGGCCCGAAGAUGUCUAAGGGCCCUGUCCCCAGUUCACCGUCCGCCUCGUCCACUUCCCCGGCAGCAGUGGCGGGCGGAGCGCUCCAGCCGCAGCCCGAGAAGCCGCAGCACUACACGUACCUAAAAGAAUUCCGGACUGAGCAAUGCCCCUUAUUUGUACAGCACAAGUGUACCCAGCAUAGGCCCUAUACUUGCUUCCAUUGGCACUUUGUCAACCAGCGGCGGCGAAGGUCAGUACGACGUAGAGAUGGGACAUUCAACUACAGCCCAGACAUCUACUGUACCAAGUAUGAUGAGACUACAGGCCUGUGCCCUGAAGGAGAUGAUUGUCCCUUCCUACACAGAACAACGGGUGAUACAGAAAGAAGGUACCACCUACGCUAUUACAAAACUGGUAUCUGCAUCCACGAGACAGACUCCAAAGGUCACUGUACCAAGAAUGGGCAGCACUGUGCCUUUGCCCAUGGGCCCCAUGAUCUACGCUCCCCCGUGUAUGAUAUAAGGGAGCUGCAGGCCAUGGAGGCACUACAGAAUGGACAGACACCCCUCGAUGGAAGUAUUGAAGGACAGACUGCUGUAGCUGCAAGCCAUGCCAUGAUAGAAAAGAUUUUAGGAGAAGAGCCACGUUGGCAGGACACCACGUAUGUUCUUGGACACUACAAGACAGAACAGUGCAAAAAGCCUCCACGACUUUGUCGCCAGGGGUACGCAUGUCCUUAUUACCACAAUAGCAAAGACAGAAGGAGAAGUCCACGCCAAAAUAAAUACAGGUCUUCCCCGUGUCCAAAUGUGAAACAUGGAGAUGAGUGGGGUGACCCUAGUAAGUGUGAUAGUGGAGAUUCAUGCCAGUACUGUCACACAAGAACAGAGCAGCAAUUUCAUCCUGAGAUUUACAAAUCUACAAAGUGCAACGAUAUGCAACAGUCUGGCAGCUGUCCACGUGGCCCAUUUUGUGCCUUUGCACAUGUUGAACAGUCUCUUCUAUGUGAUGACUUACAAUCUCCUUCAGCUGUGUCAAGCCCUACACAAACCGGACCUGUCAUGUAUAUGCCUUCAGCUGCUGGAGACUCUGUCCCUGUGAGCCCAUCCAGCCCCCAUGCACCAGACUUCAGCAGCGUCUGGGGUAAAAUGAGCCACCUUCCCACCAGUCCAACACCAGCAUCAAUGCUGUGUGCCAGCAUAGGAAGCCCAACUCAUCAUUGUGGCUCUCCUCCGGGAUCUCUUGGGAAGUCACACAACCUGGAUAGCCUUGGUUUUCAUGGUGACCUCUCAGGCAGCUACAAAAAGGCCCCAGGGUGUGAGAGGGAAGACUCCACAGGGACAGAUUAUCUUAAGAACUUCAAAAGCCAGGCAAAGUUAAAACCACAUCCGAUGGAGCACAGAAAUCAAGAUCAAUCUCUUCUACAGUCAAAGCAGGAUGCAUUAGGAAUAAUGCCAAUGGGGAGCCCACUAACCUCAAGCAUUUCCUCUAGUAUCACUUCUAGUCUAGCUGCGACUCCUCCCAGCCCUGCAGCCAUAAGUGGCACUCCUGGUAUGAAUGCCAAUGCUCUGCCCUUCUACCCAACCAGUGACACAGUAGAAUCUGUCAUAGAAUCUGCCUUGGAUGACCUAGAUUUAAAUGAUUUUGGUGUUGCUGCUUUAGAGAAGUCGUUUGAUAGUACCACAGUUACCACACCUGGCGGUAUAAUGAUAGGUGGCAGCCUAAUGCAGAGCUCUGCUCCUGUAAACAUCCCUGGACCAUUAGGAAGCUCAGCCUCCUUCCAUUCCACAUCUCCAUCUCCACCUGUCAGCAUCUCCUCACACUUUAUGCACCAGACUUCUGGACCACACAGCCAAUCAGAAAGCGCCUUUCUCAGUACAUCAGCCACCCACGGCUCACUAGGCUUAAAUGGCAUGAAUAACAGUAUAUGGGAACAUUUUGUGUCGGGCAGCUAUUCUCCAGGGACGUCACCUGCGUUCCCGUCUGGGGCAGGUGGAGCCGAGCUUGUUAGAUUACGUCAGGAGCUGGAAGAGGCCAGUAAUACUAUCAAACAAUGGGAGGACUCAUGGAAACAAGCUAAGCAGGCCUGCGAUGCCUGGAAGAAAGAGGCAGAGGAAGCCAAUGAGCGGGCGACUACAGCUAGCAUGGAAUGUGAACUGGCGCGGGAGCAGAGAGAUGCUCUAGAACAACAACUGAAGAAACUGCAAGAAGAGUUGGAAAGAAUCCCUGGAACACAAGAUUCUAAAUUACUUGAUUCUAUUUCUGAUUUAGAAAGUCUCUCUUUAGCCACGUUAUAUAGCAUUCAGAGGCAGCUACAUGCCAACUUGGAAAGAGUUGAAAAGGCAGUUUACCAGCUCCAAUCAGUUAAAUGUCACAAGUGUCAGGACCAGAAUAGAGCGAUGCUACAGUGCCAACACGGCGUGCUUUGUAAAGCAUGCGCUGCUGAGGAUGGAGACUGUCCCAACUGUCAGCUUAAUAUAGCACCCGUUUUGCAGCCAUGACCUCUGCAAGCCUGACUCCCAGGCUACUCAAAACUCCUUUUUAUAUAUACUGCUAUAAAUCAAUAUAUAUUCAUACAACGGAAUCCUAGUGAAGCUGAGCACUUUUAAACAAAGAAAAAAAAUUUCAUUCCUUUGGAACUUGCUACAAAGCCUCAGAGUUUUUCUUCCUCUGAGAGACUCGGUAUUAUAUAAUUUCUAGAACCUCCUACUUAAGGAUUGCUGCCCAUCCAUAAUGGGAUGCAAGAGAUUUCUUCUGUGAUGAUAUAUUUUAUCGGGGCCAAAUAAUGUCCGUUUUCCCAUCUACAAGCCGCAUCUUGAUAAGCGCUUCAAAAUUUUCAGAGGUGAGUCAGAAGCUGGUCAUCAUUGUGACAUGCCGAUUAAGGAACACAACCUUCCAUGAAAGAUAACAAAGACACUUGCUGAGAGACAAUUCCUUGUGAGCAGAUUGGCGGCUGUGGAUAACACUUACCUGGGGCCAGCCUUGAGUACAACGGUCUUGAACACAACAGGGUUCUGCUUAAGCUCCCCCCUCAUUAGAAUGCCUAAAGAAUUCUCUACGUUUAAUGUGAUAUCAGAAAUAGCAGCAUUCUAGUGUAGGAUUUGUGAUCAAGUUCUCUUGUCUCACUUAAAGUAAUUCAUAAACUCAAUUAGAUUGUGCUUUCAUGCAAGUAAUCAUUUCAGUAUUGUGUGUCCGAAAAGGAUUUUUGUUUUGCAUUAAUUAAUAGCCUAAUUUCUUGCAAUCAGAUCUGUCUUUAUUAGUGAGACAAUUAAGUUUCUCUUCAAUGUUGAAUUUUACUAUAAAACCGUCAUGGUUAAGGGCAAGCCUGAAAACGAGGCCUAAACUUCUCCACUAUGGAAAAAAAAUGCCCGCACUUUAAGUAUUGCAGCCUGCAUGGGUAAGUUCAUACGCUAACAAGGAAACUGACAAAAGAUGUGUGUCCUUAGUUCCUUAUACCACAAGCUCGUUACAUGUUCUAGAGACUAACAAGUUCUUUUAAACUUUUGUCGUUCUGCAUUUGUUUAAAUUGUCUG